AUGUUUUGUGCCGGUCGUGCACCUGAAGAUGAUCUAAAACGUACUCAAAUGGCUUGUGGUGGAAGCGUUCAAACAACUGUUCAUGGACUUUCAGAUAAUGCUCUCGGAACUUGUGAAUCCUUUGGGGAAAUUCAGAUUGGAUCAGAAAGAUUUAAUAUAUUUGAAGGCUGUCCGCAAGCCAAAACUUGCACAAUUAUUCUUCGUGGUGGAGCUGAACAAUUUAUGGAAGAAACUGAAAGGUCACUGCAUGAUGCUAUCAUGGUAGUUCGAAGAGCUGUUAAAAAUGAUGCAUUUGUUGCUGGUGGUGGAGCCGCCAAAAUGGAACUCAGUGGCUAUCUUCGCAAAGAAGCUCUUCAAAUUGGUGGGCGUGAACAACUGUUGAUAAGCGCUAUGGCUAGAGCUUUUGAAGUUAUCCCUAGACAAUUGUGCGAUAAUGCUGGAUUGGACUCAACUAUUAUUCUAAACCAACUGCGUCACAGUCAUGCAAAAGGCGAUAUUUGGUAUGGCGUUAACAUUGAAAAAGAGUGCGUAUGUGACAAUUUCGAAAGUGGCGUCUGGGAACCAGCACUUGUGAAAAGCAAUUCCAUAAUAUCGGCCACCGAAGCGGCUUGUCUUCUGUUAAGUGUAGACGAAACGAUCAAAAAUCCAGAAUCAAAGGGUGCUGAAGAUAAUACGCCUGUCCGGCCUCCUGGAAUGAGGCAUUAA